AUGAAUCAAAGCAGUGGGAACUUGCCGAUUGUGGUGGGGAUGAAGGAAACGCUCGCUUGCGCCGAGCCUGCUUCACCGAUCAGCCGUAACACGCCCACCCCCGACCGUUCCGUAGCCGACGACAAGCCAGUCGUCACAACCAUGUCUGCAUCACAGCGCAUCAGCGCCAGAGUGGCGAACGCGAACACCCCUGCGAAUGUGUCCAACUGCGAUACGUCCUCGAUCGAAGAGCCUUCUCAGCUGCUCGCUCGUCUUCGCAAGAUCCGUGCUCGCUCCACAGCUACAACACAGGGAUUCUCAGUCUCACCGGCCCCUCGUCCCGAAACUUUCCCAGCAGCGUCAUCAUCAUCAUCAUCACCUGCCUCCUCUUCAGCAACAUCCAAAGAUGGCUCGAAUUACCAUCAAUUCAAUGCUCAGGAUGAGCUUCGAUGGCACGAUCACCGGCUCACAUGGACAAGAGGUAGCGUGCUCGUGCGCUCUUUCUCCUUUCCUUCCCCGGUGUUGCAGUCGUUCUGGACGCUCUUUCAACUCAGUUCACAGGAUACCGUAGAGGUGGCCCCCGAAAAGACACGCGAGGACCCGCACAACCGACCGCCAACGAGGGCUUUAUGCGUAUUUUUCGAGCAAGCUGUACACAUACAUUUCCCCGGCACUGGCGAUCAAGUGGACAUGGACCUUCCCUUCCGCUUCUCCCGAGCCUUCCCCGCACCUCUUGGCUUCCUCAUCCAGCGACAGAUAGAGUCAGAGGACGAAAGGAUUGCUUCAAGACUGCAACGCCCCUCCAUGGAGUCGUCAUUGCCACCCACGUCCAACACCGGCUAUCCAUUCCCUGACCUCUCUAGCUCCUCCGACUCGGUCUACGACCUUUCCAACAUCCUCGACGAAUACGACCAAGCAUUCGCAUCCCAGAUCCAUCAUGAUCCAGCUCGUCUGCUGCCCAUGGUCUUCUACCUCUCGCGCUGCUACGACGACCUCGUUCCCGUAGAUCGCUUCCCUCAGCUCUCCUUUUCCAUCUCGCCAUCCACCGAUCCUAAACCGGUCACGCACGGUCCUGCAUCUCCCUUUGGCGAGAUGGAUGAGGUCGUCGCCUUCGUCUCGACACAUUCUCACCCUGACCAUCCGCCGUUCAUUGUCACCACGAGCCUGCGCGAUUCCGCCAUCCGCGUAUACGCUUUCGCUGCUCGACCUGACUCGUUUGACGCAACGCCGGCGUUGCUUUCCACUCCGCGCGUUCACCCAGGUCUCGACAUGACUGCGGCCGGCCAACAGGGCAUGGCCAAUGGAUCUCAUGAUCAGGCACCUACAAGUAAUAACCAGCGUGCCGAACAGCCGCCCACCAGAAGCCAUGUACGCACGCUCUCGGAUACCUCUGGUGCUCCAGUCAACACUGCGCUUGGAAGAGGCUUCCCAUCCACCCUCCGAAGAAGCGCCCGCAUCGACCUCGAGAGGCGCACCAGUGGCAUGGCUUCCGCCAACAUGGGAAGGGAUCCCAGCGGACGUAGCCGACGCAUCAGCGCUAUGCACACCGCCACCUCUGACCGCAGAUCAACCGGCCGCAAGGACGACCAGGUAGCCCAAGCUCGAGAUCGUACGCUCGCCAACAUUUCACACACCGCAGAUGGUCUUCGCCUCCAAUCCCAGCCGUACCAACAUGACACUAUCAUGGACGAGCUCGGUGCCGCUGGUACCAGCAUGCGCAUUCCCACCAACCCCAACUCAGCCGCUCGCCUCCGCCGCAGCUCACAGGCCGCCGCACGAACGCCCUAUGCAGGACCUCGAAAUUCGAAUAGGGUCUCGAGUUCAGCUAUCAAGCCUCGACUCUCUCUCAACUUCUCGCGUAUCGACACCAGCGCCGACCCAAGUCGACUAACUUCCGCUCUGCCCACCGCUGCGAUCGACAAUCUCGGUCCGGAUGCGCUUGAUGGAGAGGCUGGUAUCGCAGACGACGACCAAACGGAUCUGUCUCGGAUCGCCGACUUGGAUGGUUUCGCCCGCAGCUUCGCCUGCGUCUGCCUCUUGGAAGAGAUCAAGCUGCCGGGUCUCAGCUCGGGAGCAAAAUUGGAUGGUCUGCGGGUGAGCACAGCUUCGUUCGACCGUGUCGAUCCUGACGCCGCCUAUGUCUUCCUCUCACUACCGCUCCUCGACCAAACUUUUUGUCGACGCCUCGGCUAUCAGCGACUGGGAUCUCGAGAAAACCAUCGCAACUUGCCCUUCUGCAAAGCUCCCAGCAAAGCGCAGGCUACUGCUGCCAUUCCAUGCGCCGAUCUCCUGCCGUUACAGACAAUGGCGCCAGACUCGACAGAGGUUCUGACAAAGUCGUCCGACGGAACUUUUCAGAUCCACUUUGGACCGCCCGCCUCGACAGUGACGGCACUGGACAUCAGUGGAUUCGGGCCCCUGAAGGAAGGACUCGGCCGAUUCUCGGCACCCCCAUCCACACUCAAGCUUGCGGCAGCAGAGGCAGGGAAUGCACGCUGUGUGCAGCUUACAUCCGGAGAGUCAGAAGAUCGCAUCAAUGUCCAUCUCGACUUUCGUCCAAGUUGUCCCAUCGCCAACAGAGUGCUGAGAGUCCUACUGCAUACGCUACCCCACCGCCUCGCCGCCAAAGUCAAGUCUCGGUGGAUUCAAGCACGCUUCCUUACCAGUUCCGGACCGCCGUCGAAAUACGGACAGGCUUCGAUAGCCGCAGACUGGACUGGACUGGAGAAGAUCUUCGCUCCGUCGGCGCGUGAUAAGGCUCAAGUGGUUGACAGCGACUCAGCUCAUCGUCUCUUUCAAGGCGACACUCUUUUGCGUGGUCUCACCAGGCUCGAGGAUAGCGUCGACCUUGCAAAGACGGACGUGGACGUACCGACCUGGACCGAAGAUGCUCUGCCGACGGAAGAUGCGUACCACAUCCUCAUAUUGUUGUACAUGUUCGCAGAGGAGAUGCGUCUCGACACUUCGAACGCUGAACACGGCUCCAGCAGGGUGCCACAACUUGCCGUUGCUCUCGCUCAGUGCAGCCAUGCUCCGAAGUGGAUCGAGGCGCUUCGAACUCGUUUUGCCUCGGAUGAAAGCCUCUAUGGGUACGGGCUGGAGAGCGGUUCGCGUAACGACACAACUGGCAACACCCCAGAUCCUCCGAAGGAUCUCUACGAGGCGCUUCUCCACAUGUGCUCUGGCAGCGGCGACCAUGUUGGAUCAAUUGACAGCUGGGUCCGAACGGGUGCACCGGCUCAACUUGCUGAAGUGGCUCGAACUUUCCCGAUGCUGGAUGCAGCCUUCCGUACAUUCUUCGUCUUGGGACAGGCCCAUCCCAAUCCUCAAGCGCGUUCGACUGCAGUAGUCGACUGCAUGAUUAUGCACGGGCUUGAUCUGGAACGAUUGCGCAGGCUUCCCUUCGGAAUAGCUUUGCCGCUGUACCAGGCAGUUCGAUGCUGCCAAGCCGAUCCUCCGAGUGGCAAGACCGCGGAAUUUUACCAGUUCGUUCAGCGCGCAGAGAUCGCUCUCAACUCUUCAACGCUGCGAGGCACGUUGAGCACAGCAAAUGCGCGGAAAAUACCAGAACAGCUCAUCAGGACGCUUCCAGAGGACGCACCUUUAGAUGCGAUCUGUGCCCAGCUUUUCAGUCGCGACUUUCGACUGCGCGAUGUCGUGGCCAUGCUCAAGACAGACGCUGUCAAUUCCGUCUACGUUGCCGAAGGCGAGAAUCAGACCGAGGCUGCCAUCGCUGAGCAGCACAAUGCAGCGGUUGCAGCCAUCAGCGAGCGAACCAAAGCGCUGUCACCCGGCCGAGCCAUGUUAUUCAUGACAUCGCGGCAGUUCUCGUCGACGCACAAAUGGCGCAUCCCGUCCAUCUGCUUGGCUGUCAAAGUGAGACCACGCGGCACAACGAUCGAGCCCGAUCCAAAAGCGGAUGCGACCGGUUUGGACUGGCCAGAAUUUCACAACGGCGUAGCAUCGGUACUGGAGCUCAACUUGGUCGGCAACGUCAGCGUCGACUCCAAAUGGAUUUUUGCUCAUCUGGGCGAGCAGGUCACUGCCCGUCAUGCUGGUUUCCUGUAUGGACUUGGAUUGAUGAAGCAGCUGCCCACGUUGACUCCUGUGCACGUCUUCCGCUACCUCAAGAUGCGCAACAACCUGCUGACCAUCGGCUUCUUGCUCGGUAUGGCCGUGUCGACCGUGGCCACUGCCGACCCGACCGCACGACAUCUCAUCGGGAUGCAGCUCACAGCUUUUCUACCACCCGGAUCAGCUCCACUGAAUCUGUCGACGAUCACUCAGACAGCCGGCCUGCUCGCCAUGGGACUUGUCUUCCUCGGCAGCAAUCAUCGUUGGACCGCCAAACGCAUGCUCGAUCAGAUUGGCGCACAAGAGUCUCCCACGCCCAACAUCCAGCCGCAGCAUCGAGAAGCUUACUCUCUUUCGGCAGGUCUCGCGCUAGGACUAGUCUAUCUGGGCAAAGGUCGAGGCGAUGGCAUGAAGAGUCUGCCGGACAAACGCAUCAUCGCUCGUCUUGCGCAUCUCAUCAAGGGCAACGGGGAAAGCAAGGCUGGUUUCUCGAUGCCAGGCGGCCUGAGAUCGGACGGAGGCUCUGGAACGGAUUACGAGAUCAACCUCACGUCUGCUCCAGCUGCGCUUGCAUUUGGUCUCAUCUAUCUGCGCUCCAAUUCCAAGAUGGUCGCGGACGUCAUGGCGCCUCCGCAAACGCCACGCGAGCUCGAUACGCUCCGACCGGAUGUGCUGUUCGUUCACGUGCUUGCGCGGUCCAUCAUUAUGUGGGACUCGAUUGAGCCAACGAAACGAUGGCUCCACAGCGUGCUGCCGGACUGGCUACAGGAACGCAUAGAGGCUGGCAGGUCGACGUCCGAAGCCGCUCAACUGGCUCAGAUCAACAUUGAGGCCGGGGCAUGCUUUGCGAUCGGACUCAAGUACGCUGGAUCCAAAGAUGCUCAGGCGCGUGAUUGUCUCUGGCAGCAACUGCACAAGCUCGACAAGCAGGUCAAAGUGCAAGCCGUCUCAUUUUCCUCCAAAAUUCGCAAAGCGGCCCUUCAGGCUGCACUGGAUCAAGCAAGGAUCUCGCUCGCGUUGGUGCUAGCAGGCAGUGGAGAUGUCGAUUUGCUCCGUCAGCUCCGAAGAGCUCAUGGUGAUGUCGACGGCGACGUAUGUUACGGCAGCCAUAUGGCGACACAUAUGGCACUGGGGCUGCUCUUCCUCGGCGGAGGACGUUUCACCCUGGGUACCUCAGAUUUGGGCGUGGCGGCCCUGUUAAUCUCGUUCUUGCCUCCGUUUCCGAGAUGGAGCGGAGACAAUCGUGCGCAUCUGCAAGCGUUCCGACAUCUGUGGUUCCUUGCUAUCGAACCGAGACUGCUCAUUGCUACGGAUGUUGAGACGAAUCAGCUGGUGAGCCUGCCUGUCACAAUGGCAGCAGCUGCUACCACAGACAGCGUCGCAAGCGAUGCAGAGGCAUUCACGCCCCUGCUCCUGCCCAAUCGUCAGCUUUCCGGAACGAUCCGGACAGCGACAGAACGAUACUGGUCAGCUAGCAUCGAUAGCAGUGGAAUGACAGCUCGCACCUCUGCAGCGGCGUCUGUCGCUCAAAAGGCCUCUUCUUCGACCUCACAGGCUCUCUUUGUCAAGCGGAAGACGGCGCACCUCGACUACCUCGCCGAUCCGCACGGCAGUCGCAGCUUGACUUCGCACGAAAUUGCACCGCUUGACCUAUUGCUGGAUAGCAUACGGUCCAUCGGGCCAGGGUCGGCCGAUUUGCGAGAAGCCAUGCGCGGCUUCGCUGCCGCCGGAAAAGAGCGAGAAUUGGUACGCAGCGUAUCUCUGCUUUCGACUAGCGACGACGCGAUUCUGCCGCCCAUUCGCGCAGUGACGAUGGAGUGCUUGGUCACGGACAAGAUGUACAUGCUGCCGGCGUACGUGAGCCUUCUGCAGCUGCAGCAAAGGAUCGAAGCAGGUGACGGGGCAGAGCGGGUGAGGUCAUACAGAGAAGUAAGGUUCGCCGACGAGUUCUACCGCAGACACCUCAAGACUUUAUUCGGCGAUGACGCAGAGGCACUGAUUCAGCCCAACCUGCUGACGAACCUUCGACGGAAAGUACAGCAGCUGGGGAAAACGAUCUUCGAGAGGAAUGCGGGCGUUCGGGAGACUAUCACUCAUGUUUUGACGAGCAUGACCGGGCCUCUGUCUGGAGUCAGCGAGGAGGUCUAUACAGUGAUGGUCGCGAGCGAUUUGGACGAUGUGGAAGAGGUACGUGGUAUGGUCAGGGCGAUCCGCCAUCACAUUCAAAUGUGGCAAGAAUCUGGCCAAGUGGACGCGCCGAGCAUCAGGCGCAAGAUACGCAUGGUGACAGAUGCAGCUUUCCGUGGCGAGAACAGACCGCCUUGGACCGGUUUUUUGUUGGAUCACAUUGUGGAGACACUGAUCAGCGGCUGA